AUGGAAAAUCUUAAUCCACAAAGGUUUGCAGAAACAAAUUUGCUAAUAUGGGACAGAACCCUUGGGUUGCCACUAGAGAGAUCAAGAAGAUCCCUUGGGUUACCAGCCACUCCCAAUGCCAUCAUAGAAGAAGACCCUAUUAUGUGGAUUGGUAUAGCAUUUUUAGAAAAAGAUUCCCUUUUUGUUGUGCUUGUUGUUCUCCCUGAAUCAGCAUCUAAAACUCACAACACCACUGGAAGUGGAACUACGAAUGGGGAAAUCCUACUAUUCAAUGUUGAACACCCUAUUCCUAUUGCUUCACGGCAAAGGGAGGGGGUUGCAUUUAUCCAAAGAAGCAGAAGCAGUAGAGAAUUGGUUGCAUAUGUAAAUGGUGAUCAUGAGUAUGUUAUUUUUAACCCAAAUAGCCAAGAAGAGGAAGAGACAUAUGAACGUAAAUUUAAGGACACAAUGGAACAGGGGACAGACAAAAUCAAGAAACCAAAGAAUAAAGAAGUGAUCCCUGUGAAAACUGAACGUGUAGAAGGAAUUUCUUCAGAAAAACAGAGGGUUGCAAGGACAGUUGUAAUUGGUGGGCUCCUCAAUGCUGACAUGGCAGAGGAGGUUCACAGUAUUGCUAGGGAGUGUGGGUCAGUCUCUUCCAUUACUUACCCUCUUCGUAAAGAUGAAACAACAUAUCAUGGUAAGGACACCUGGACCGAUAUCAAAACAAAAACCAAAUUUAGGGACAUGUUUGUUGCUCCUCCUACUGGCUCAACUGUUAAGUCGCUUAGGACAGGAGUGAUGCCUUAG